AGUCGUGAUUGGUUGCUACGGAACGUCACUCAAAACGCCCCUUUUCACUGGCGGGCAGCGGCCAUCUUGCGAAAGGCUUUGGUGCGCGGGACAGUCGGGAGGCGUGAGAUUGUGGUGGCAUUGGUGGUGCCGCCGCCGCAGCUGCCGCUUUGGAAGAAUGCCUCCCAAGGGGCGGAAAAGGAAGGCAAAGAUCCCUCAAGCAGAAGCCACAGCAUCCAAUGGAGAUGAAGCCAGUGAUGUGAAGAAGUUGCCCAAGAUCCGGAAGACUGAAGGAUUGGAAGACCUUCAUGUGAUCAUUGAGCACUGUAAAAGCUGACAAGUCUUUGGACGCAGAGCUGAGGCUGUCAGCCAAGAGCUGUGCCUGGCCUUUCCUGACAUCCUUGUGGAGGUCAACCUUGAAAAACCCCGGAGGAACAGUUUUGAAGUGGUUCUCUUGAAAAAGGAUGGCACCAAGGUAGAGCUAUGGAGUGGUCUUAAAAAGGGGCCACCCCGCAAAUUGAAAUUCCCAGAACCCAGCAACAUUGUUGAAAUGGUGAAGCGCAACUUAAACUAAAGUCAACAAUGAUGCAAUAGGAGCAAAGUGCCUCUGACUGUCCGUUUGUCCUGUGAGCUGGAGCAUUUAUGAUGAGAUAUGAUGAAGUGGGGUAAAGAAACUCUGGUUGUAUCUCUGAAACUGCGGCCCCUCCUUUACAAGGAAGAAUGGACCAAAUAAUAUCCUUUCCUGCCCCACCAUCCUUUCAAAUGUUUGUUACUCCUGGGAACAUUUUGGGGAAGAACUUUAUUUUCAGUAAAGCUUAACCGCCUCCUCUAUUUCUUGUUUAGUUCUGUCCUGUGAAAUAAGAGAAUCAUGAGAUUCUCUGUCAUGGCAGUUUAGUGUUGUCCACUGUUUUGCGAAUUAAAAGUUGCUCAUCUAUA